ACAACUCUGACACAUUAACAAGAGGCAGAAGAAGCAGCAAGUUUUUUACAAUCUCGCCGCAGUGUAUUUAAUUUUGAUUAGCUGUAGUAGGAUAUUAUUAAACGCAAAACUCUGUCAAUCUAAAGAUGCCCCUCAAAUUGGACAUCAAGCGUCGUCUAACGUCGCGCUCGGACCGUGUCAAGUGCGUUGAUCUGCAUCCGGCCGAGCCAUGGAUGUUGUGUGCCCUAUACAAUGGCCACGUACACAUCAUGAAUUACGAGAACCAACAAUUGGUCAAAGAUUUCGAGGUGUGCGAUGUGCCAGUGCGCUCCGCUCGAUUCGUGGCCCGCAAGAAUUGGAUAAUAACCGGAUCGGAUGAUAUGCAAAUACGUGUCUUCAACUACAACACGCUGGAGAAGGUUCAUUCCUAUGAGGCGCAUUCGGAUUAUCUGCGGUGCAUCGCCGUGCACCCCACACAGCCCUUGGUGUUGACCAGUAGCGAUGAUAUGCUUAUCAAAUUAUGGAACUGGGAGAAGUUGUGGGCCUGCCAACGUGUCUUUGAGGGUCACACGCACUAUGUCAUGCAGAUUGUCUUUAAUCCUAAGGAUAAUAACACUUUUGCCUCAGCAUCCUUGGAUCGUACUGUUAAGGUGUGGCAACUCGGCUCAAAUUUUGCCAACUUUACGCUAGAGGGUCACGAAAAAGGCGUCAAUUGUGUGGACUAUUAUCAUGGCGGAGACAAGCCGUAUUUGAUUUCUGGCGCCGAUGAUCGAUUGGUCAAAAUCUGGGACUAUCAAAACAAGACCUGCGUCCAAACACUCGAGGGACAUGCACAAAAUAUUUCGGCCGUCUGUUUUCAUCCCGAGUUGCCAAUCGUGCUGACGGGCUCUGAAGACGGCACCGUUAGGAUUUGGCAUUCAGGUACCUACCGCCUAGAGACCUGUCUAAACUAUGGCUUUGAACGCGUGUGGACCAUUGCCAGCAUGCGUGGCACCAAUAAUGUGGCCCUGGGCUAUGAUGAAGGCUCCAUCAUUAUUAAGGUCGGCCGUGAAGAGCCAGCCAUGUCCAUGGAUGUGGUAGGCGGUAAAAUCAUAUGGGCCAAACAUUCCGAAAUGCAACAGGUCAAUCUUAAAACAAUUGCGGAUGGCACCGAGAUUAAAGACGGCGAACGUCUGCCUGUCGCUGUCAAAGAUAUGGGCGCCUGCGAGAUCUAUCCGCAGACCAUAGCACACAAUCCCAACGGGCGUUUUGUGGUCGUCUGUGGUGAUGGCGAAUAUAUCAUAUAUACAUCAAUGGCAUUGCGAAACAAGGCAUUUGGGUCGGCUCAGGAAUUCAUUUGGGCGCUGGAGAGCAAUGAGUACGCGAUUCGUGAGAACAAUGGUACUGUGCGUCUGUUCCGCAACUUCAAGGAGCGCAAAAGCUUCACACCUGAAUACGGCGCCGAAAGCAUCUAUGGUGGCUACUACUUUGGUGUGAAGACCUCAUCAGGUCUGGCCUUCUACGAUUGGGAGUCACUACAAUUGGUGCGACGCAUUGAGGUGCAGCCACGUAACGUAUUCUGGAAUGAUAGUGGCACUCUCGUUUGUCUGGCAACCGAUGACUCCUACUUUAUAUUGGCCGUGGAUACUACACAAAUUGCCAAUGCGCUGGAGACAAAAGAGGGACUAGAGGAUGAUGGCGUAGAAAGUGCUUUCAAUGUGCUCGGCGAAGUAUCUGAAUCGGUCAAAACCGGUCUCUGGGUAGGCGAUUGCUUCAUUUACACUAAUUCCGUGAAUCGCAUCAACUACUAUGUAGGCGGAGAGAUUGUAACCAUCUCGCAUUUGGAUCGCACCAUGUACUUGCUGGGCUAUGUGCCCAAGGACAAUCGUUUGUAUUUGGGCGAUAAGGAACUCAAUGUGAUCAGCUUCUGUCUUCAGUUGUCUGUGUUGGAAUACCAGACGGCAGUGAUGCGUCGCGAUUUUGAACGUGCUGAUCUUGUAUUGCCCACCAUACCAAAGGAGCAUCGUACACGAGUAGCCCACUUCCUGGAGAAGCAAGGCUUCAAGGAGCAGGCACUACAGGUCUCCACCGAUCCGGACCACAAGUUUGAUUUGGCUCUGCAAAUUGGCGAACUAGAUAUUGCAUUGAAAUUGGCGCGCGAGGCAGAAAACUCACAGAAGUGGUCGCAGCUAGCAGAUGUUGCGUCACGCAGAAACAAUAUGGCCUUGGUGAAGGAGUGCAUGCAGAAGGCCAAUGAUUUUAGUGGACUGCUUCUGCUCUCUACUGCCUCGGGCGAUGCGAAAAUGCUGGAGGAGGUGGGUGCAACUAGCUCUGCACAAGGUCGCCAUAAUAUUGCAUUCCUUUCCGCCUUUCUCCGUUCCGAUGUGGAACGUUGCCUGGAGAUUCUCAUUGAGACAAAUCGCCUGCCCGAAGCGGCGUUCUUCGCGCGUACCUACUUGCCCAGCCAAAUGUCGCGUGUUGUGGAACUUUGGCGCGAGGAGCUAGGCAAGGUUAACGAAAAGGCCGGCCAGUCGCUGGCCGAUCCCACGCAGUAUACAAAUCUCUUUCCGGGCCUGGGUGAUGCACUGCGCGUGGAGCAAUAUCUGGUUGAGGAGCGAGCACGAAAAGCACCAGCCCGUCUAGCUGGACAGCUGCCAUUAAAUAGCGAGCGAAAUCCACUUGACGAGCUGAAUGCGGCCGAGCAACAAAGUGGCGCUUUUCAAGUGGAAAAGGAGAAACCGGCGUUUGUCCCGUCGGCCUUGCCAGCAACAGCAGCCAGUACAAAAGUUGCCACUGUUCCAACCGCUGUUGCCGCCACUGAUGAUGAUGAUGAAGAUGAUGAUGAUGAUUUGGAACUGGAGAUUGAUGGCAUUACGUUGGAUGAUAAUAUAGAUACGACAGAUGUUAAUCUGGAUGAUGAUUUUCUGAGCGACGAUUAGGUGCGAAAGCUAUUCAAAGCACCCGCUGUAUUUGAUAAUAUGCAUUAGAAAUAUCGAAAAUUCUUUUGUUGAUUCACUAAAACGCGCUCCAAAUAUUGCGGAAUCAAUUACUAAAAAUUCCACAUAAAUCAACACAACCCACACACAUACACAAUUACAAACA